AUGUCCACCUAUAAUAAUGUGCAAUCAGACUCAAGCGAAGAGGUAGAGAGCUGGAUAUCUAUAUUUUGCUCGAUGUUUGGGCAUGACUACUUUGUGGAAGUGGCACCUGAGUUUAUAGAGGAUAAUUUUAACUUGACUGGAUUGAGUUCCCUUGUCCCCUUUUUUAGAGAUGCAUCAGAUACAAUAUUAGACUUGGAACCUGAGGUUCCCAUAAAGGCAGCUAAUGUUCCCUUAGUAGAGCAUGCAGCCGAGGUACUAUAUGGCCUCAUUCAUGCCAGAUACAUACUUACUAAGCACGGACUGCGAGCUAUGGCUGAGAAGUAUCAGGAUAACUGUUUUGGGUCGUGUCCUCGGUAUUACUGUCAAGGAAUGCAUCUUCUUCCUAUAGGACGUUAUGAUCAGCCUGGAAUUGAGACAGUUAGAUUGUACUGUCCAAAUUGCAAUGAUAUUUACUUGCCUCCUUCUUCCAGAUACUUGAACAUCGACGGUGCCUUUUUUGGAACGUCGUUUGCUGGCAUGUUUUUGAAGAUGUAUCCGGAAAUAGGAACGCAGUGCGAAAAACGAACCAAGCAACAGUUUCAACUAAAACUUUUUGGCUUUAGCCUAAAUGAAAGAGCACCAGGUGGCUCUAGAAUGAAGUGGCUGAGACAGCAUCCACAGACUAAAGAGGAAUUGGAAGAAUACAAGAAAUGCGAAUUUGGCAUCCCUAAGUUAACCGAUGAAGAAGACAAAAAGGUCAAAUCAGAUUCUGGAGACGACAUGUUAGAUGUGGAAAAAUCAAAAGGAUCACCGGGAUCUCAAAAAGAUGGUGGUAGAGAAGACGAGGUUGCUGGUACUAAGGGUAGUGGCGGGGAGAGCAUGAUGAGCAUAGUGAAGGAUUAA